AUGGCAGCAGCUGAAGAUUUGAAACUGAAAGAGAGAUUAACAAAGAUUCACAGGAAAAGAUCUGUAAAUGAGCAGCUUAGUAGUCGAGAUCAAAGAGCUUGGGAAAGACUUGACCUUGAGAUUUUGAAGAGAGACAUAAAGAAAGACGAUAAUUUUCUUGCUGAUCAAAUUUGUGAAGUCAAGAACAAAAAAGCAGAGAUUUUGACAACUAUGCCCCCUGAUCAUUCAUCUGCUUAA